AUGCCUACCUUUAACUUCAACCCCGACAAAGACAUCCCUGACCUCGCCGGCAAGUCCAUCUUCAUCACAGGUGGAACCAAUGGCUUGGGCGCACAAUCUGCAGUCCACCUCGCUAAACACAACCCAGCCCACAUCUAUAUUAGCGGACGCAAUUCGAACGCCGCCGAGAAAGUCAUUCAGCAGAUCCGUGACAGCGGCUCCAACACUGAGACCACAUUCAUCGAAUGUGACCUCGCAUCACUCGCAUCGGUAAAAAAGGCUGCCGAAGAGUUUGUGUCCAGCGCACCCCAACUCGACAUCCUAAUGUGCAAUGCCGGAAUCAUGGCCAAGCCGCCCGCUCUCACAACAGAUGGAUAUGAGCUGCAAUUCGGUACAAAUCACUUGGGUCACGCACUUCUCAUUAAAAAGCUGCUUCCGCUCCUAGAGAAACGAUCCAGCGAAGGUGGCGAUGCCCGCAUCGUCAGCCUCACAUCUCAAGGCUUCAUGCUCCACCCCAAGGGCGGAAUCGUCUUCGACGAACUCAAAACCGUCCAGGACAAUUUCUGGGCCAUUGGUUCAUGGCGCCGGUAUGGACAGAGCAAGCUCGCCAAUCUCCUCUAUGCGCGCGAGCUAUCCCGUCGCUAUCCCGGAAUCACGUCCGUUGCAGUUCAUCCCGGCGUGGUUGCGACCGAUUUGGUAGGCGGCCAGACGAUUUUUCGAAAGGCUUUCAUCCACGCUUCGCAGUUUGGAAACAUCCUCAAGCCCGAAGAGGGUGCUUUAAACCAGGUUUGGGCUGCUACGGCCGCCCGUGAGAAAAUUGAGAAUGGGUCCUACUACCAACCUAUUGGGAAAUUGUCACAGGAGUCGCUGGCUACGACAGCUAAAGAUGAUUCGUUGGCGAAGCGAUUGUGGGAAUGGACUGAGGAGGAGUUGAAGGGUUAUUGA